AGUAAUCUUACAUGAGAAUCUUAUUAUGAUUUACAUAAAACCUACUGCUGGUUUUAUUUUACAAACCGGUGAAGUUACUUCGGUUUAGUUUUAUAUUUAUAAAAGAGUCGUCAAUUGUUUUGGCUUUCGAACUACCGACUCUUUUUAAUUGAAUUUUAAAUUGUUAUUUAGCACAUGUGGCACCCCUAAUAAAAGUGCAAUUUAUUUAAAUAAUAUAUUUUUUAAGUACCUACUUAGUAAAACAACAGUUGUAUCUACAGUUUUAUCUUCUAAGAUGAUUAGGGGCUGUGAUACAAUAACUAGAACUCCCGUCCAUCGGGAUCCAAAGAGUGUUAUAAAGGAGAUAGUGGCUUCAGGCUGCCAAGAGGACCCCUUCUACGUGGUAGACCUUGGAGAGGUGGUCAGGAGGUGGCAGAAAUGGAACCUUCUGAUGCCGCGAAUCAAGCCUUACUACGCUGUGAAGUGCAACAAUGACAUGAUGCUAUUGAAGACGCUGGCCGCCCUCGGCGCCGGCUUCGACUGCGCGUCUCAGCAGGAGAUCAAGAUGGUCAGGUCACUGGGCGUGAGCUCCGACCGUAUAAUAUUCGCUCAACCGGUGAAGAUGGUAUCUCACAUCAGCUACGCGUCCGCGGUGAAUGUGGAAAGGAUGACCUUUGACUCAGAGAUGGAGCUGAAGAAAAUAAAACAACACAUGCCACAUGCAAAAUUGGUGAUACGCAUCCGUAGUGAUGCUCUGAAAGCUGACCAUCCUCUUGGCAUAAAGUUUGGCUGCGACCCCAUCACUGAGGCGCCAAAACUUCUCGAAAUCGCAGCUCAAAUGGAUUUACAAGUAAUCGGUGUCUCCUUCCACGUGGGAUCAGGCGUACAGGAAUUUGAGUCAUACGGACGCGCAAUGCGAAGAGCAGCAGAGGUGUUCCACAAGGCAGAUUCCUUGGGCCACUGCUGUACCUUAUUAGAUAUAGGGGGCGGUUUCCCAGGAACCAGAGACAAUAGUAUAGAGAAGAUAGCGUAUGUAGUUAAUAAAGAACUAGAAAUGUCUUUCCCUGAUGAUGUUGAGGUGAUUUCUGAACCUGGACAAUAUUUUGCUGCAGCCCCAUUUACAUUGGCGGUUAUGGUUUACAGUAUAAAACAAGUGUCAUGUGAGUAUGAACAUGAAGAUGCGAAAACUUCUACUAUGUACUUCAUUAACGAUGGUGUAUAUGGAUCUUUUGGAGAUAGAAUUUACGAUUCGAAACAGUACUUUCCUGAGCUAUUGCAGCCUCGCCCCAGCACCCCCGAACCCUGCUCCAUCUGGGGUCCAACAGCGGACGCCCUGGACCUGGUGGUCCCUGCCGCGGACCUACCUCGCCUGCGCGUCGGGGACUGGCUGCUCUUCCGAGACAUGGGUGCCUACUCCAUGGUCCUGGCGAGGACCUUCAACGGGUGCCCCGUGCCCGCAGUCAAGAUGUAUUACGUUGAGGAGGAAUUGUGGUGUAGUGAUCGUAACCUGAUGAUGAUGAACUCCUCAGCUGCUGCGCCAAUAUUACUGGAACCCAAUGACAAACUGAUGUUAAUAGAAGGUGUAAAUGAAUGAUCUUCAUUUAUUUGCUUUCACUUUCCAAUAUGUAUUGAUGGUGAUCCCUGAUUUUCUUUGUUUAUAGCUAUGAUUUACUGGUUUUAACCAACAUUAUUGUUUUUAUAAUACGUAAGUAGUAUUAUUAUUAAUUCUUCCAUAAAUUCGCAUGAUCUUACGUUUUUUACACCAGUAAAUAAGUAUAGAUAGGAUACACAUACAGUGAGGCAAAUCUUAACCUUCAGUCUUUUACAUUGAUCUGGAGCUUCACUGAUUAAAUUCUAGCGUGUAUAACAUUCCUUCUACUAGAUUGCACCUACAUUCAUCUAUAUUAUACAUCAUGUGUGUGUUAUGUUAUGAUUUUUUUGUUUUGUGCACCUAAGUUUUAAUGAAAUCAUGGAAAUAAUUCGACUUACGUAAGAGAGUAGUAAUACUACUUAAUUAAAUAUGUAAUAUCUAUUCACUGUUUACAAUAUAAUAUAUUGUAAUGUAAGAAGAACAUUUUAUACUAUAAACUUUGUAAAAACAAUAUUCGUCUUUUUAUCCGGGUACACAUUGCUGAAAAAUUCUUAGCGAGAACCGAGGGGUUUUCUGUAGUAUUAUGUUGUGUAGUCAAUAAAAUCUCCUUGCACGCCAACCAGCUAGUAACUCCUUGGUCGUGAUUGCGGGCAGUCGUCGCCGCGAAAUUAAAAACUAAGUUAACGUAUAGGUACGAAAGAAGAUUGCGAAAGUAAACAGAAAAAGUUUUAGUAAGAAAAAUAAUCUUUUUCAUAAACAAUCGAAUCGCUGAAACAAGAGUUCAAAGUUAUUGUCAGUAUCACUCUAAUUUAACCCUAGCCGAAAAU